GGGCCGGGAUGCGGGCGGGUCUUCCGUGUGGCGUCGUCGCUGCUUCAGCCGCGCUGUCUCUGCGGCUCUGGAGCUGCACUGCCGGCGUUGGCGGCGCGAGAGAAGGGAGGGCACCGGCGGAGCUUGUGUGCGCUCGCGAGGGGCGCCGUGGUGCCAGCAGUUCCCCUCAAGCGGGGCGGGUGGCCAGGGUGAGCAGCAGUCGGCGAGGCCCUGGACGGCGCCAUGUCGGCGGGCGGCCCAUGCCCGGCGGGAGCCGGCAGCGGCCCAGGGGGUGCCUCCUGCCCUGUGGGGGUCUCCCCUGGCGGGGUGUCCAUGUUCCGGUGGCUGGAGGUGCUGGAGAAGGAGUUUGACAAGGCCUUCGUGGAUGUGGAUCUGCUUCUGGGGGAGAUCGAUCCGGACCAGGCAGACAUCACUUACGAGGGGCGGCAGAAGAUGACCAGCCUUAGCUCCUGCUUUGCGCAGCUUUGCCACAAAGCCCAGACUGUGUCCCAGAUCAACCACAAGCUAGAGGCACAACUGGUUGAUCUGCGGUCUGAGCUGAUAGAGACUCAAGCAGAGAAAGUUGUUCUGGAGAAAGAAGUCCACGAUCAGCUGUUACAGUUACACUCCACUCAGCUUCAGCUUCAUGCCAAAACCGGUCAGAGUGUUGACUCUGGCACCAUUAAGGCAAAACUGUCUGUCCCCUCUGUGGAGGAGCUGGAAAGAGAGCGUGAAGCAAAUAAAACAGAAAAAGUAAAAGAAGCUGAGCUUGAAGCCGAAGUAAAGCUGCUAAGGAAGGAGAAUGAGGCCCUCCGCAGGCACAUAGCUGUUCUCCAGGCGGAAAUCUAUGGGGCGAGAUUGGCUGCCAAGUACCUGGAUAAGGAGCUGGCGGGCAGGGUCCAGCAGAUACAGUUACUGGGACGAGAUAUGAAGGGACCUGCUCAUGAUAAGCUCUGGAACCAGUUAGAAGCUGAAAUACAUUUACAUCGUCACAAAACCGUCAUCAGAGCCUGCAGGGGGCGCAAUGACUUGAAGCGACCCAUGCAAGCACCCCCAGGCCAUGAUCAAGACUCUUUGAAGAAAAGCCAGGGAGUUGGUCCAAUUCGAAAAGUUCUCCUCCUUAAGGAAGAUCAUGAAGGCCUUGGCAUUUCAAUUACAGGUGGGAAGGAGCAUGGUGUUCCCAUUCUCAUCUCUGAGAUCCAUCCAGGGCAGCCCGCUGAUAGAUGUGGAGGACUGCAUGUUGGAGAUGCUAUCCUGGCAGUGAAUGGUGUUAACCUAAGGGACACAAAGCAUAAAGAAGCUGUAACCAUACUUUCCCAGCAGAGGGGAGAGAUUGAAUUUGAAGUAGUGUACGUGGCUCCUGAAGUGGAUUCUGAUGAUGAAAAUGUCGAGUAUGAAGACGAGAGUGGACACCGGUACCGUCUGUAUCUUGAUGAGUUAGAAGGAGGCGGUAAUGCUGGUGCUAGUUGCAAAGACAGUGGUGGUGAAAUGAAAGGAUUACAAGGAUAUAAGAAGACAGUGAGUGAGGCACAUGAGAAUGGGGACAUGGGGGCUUCGGGCGAAAGCCCUCUGGAUGAUGGCACCGCAAGAGCAGCCGAUCUGCAGAGCCUGCAUCAUAAAAAGGCUUACUAGUCCAUCCCCAGGCAUUUGUCAGACUCGCAGAAUCCGGGGCACUAGGGAAAAUGGUGGCAAAGAUUGUACAAGAUCAAGGGAGGCUGUGUGUUGCCUAAAGACAGGCGGGAACCUCAGGGCUUCGUGUGAGCAAUUCUAAGUGCAUACACCCCUGUUCUCUGUGGUAUACCUUAAUUAGCUAUUGCAUGGAAGGCAUUUUUGAUUUUCCUGGACUCUAAGCACCAAAGCAUGUGUUUCCCAAGGGGUAUUACUAGGCUCUUAAGUGCCAAGUGGAUGCUAUUUCAUUUGGCUCCUUUUCAUAUUUAAGAGGACAAUGCUAACUGGAUUUUCUAAGUACCCUUUAAAUACAGCAGAGUAAUUGAAUCCAAAUCACAUAUUCCCUAAGGAUAAACUGUAGACUUUCAGAUGGCAGAACUUGACUCACGGAAUUGCAGAAAUCUAGGUUGACAUUUUUGCUUAACUGAAAAAUUUGUUUCGGGUUUUUUAAAAAAAGUGUAUUGUACAUUCCUGUUAUCUAAAUUAAUUCAUGAUCAUUUAUUAUAACGAGUUUGCUAUCCAGUUUAUUCAACUGCAGUACAAAAUUGUUUUCUUUAGGCAAUCCUGUAUCAAUCAAUGCUGCAGUAGAAAUAGUUUCUGAAAAGUUACAGUGCAUUUGACUUUGGGUUUUUAAAGGAAACACAGAUGAGUGUAAAAUACCUGUUGUCAAUUAUGUUGAUUGUGUGCAUGGCACUGGAACAUCACACUAUCAGUGUUGGGUCUCAGAUGUUCAUACGUUUGAGUUGUUCGUAAGUUUCGUCUUGUGAUGGUCAGGACACAUUACUAUGUUGUGAAAUACAUUGUGUUCAAGCUGCAGUUUGCUUUAAGUACCUGACUUGCCAAUCAUUUAAAAAGCCAGGAGCUAAAGUGGGCAAGAUGAGGUAGAGACAUUUUGGUACAGUAACUGUACUGAUUUUCAUAUCAGUAUAUGUUUGACUAAAGCAAUACUCGUGUGCAAACUCUGUAAAUGUGUUGGUUCUCUUGUAUCAGAACUAAGCAGAGUGCCUGUUCCCUCCUUCCUGACCCACAGCCCAUUGCAUCUUGCUGGGCAAAGUCAAAUACUGUAUUUAAGGAGGUGGUGAAUUUUGCUAUGUCACUGUUUGAAAGAAUUUACACCUAGGGGAAUACUAGGUGGGAGAAGCUUCCAUAGAAGGCUUUUAGGAUAUUAUCAUUAUCUCCUUUCUUGGUAUGCUUGAUUUCCCAGAUACAGUAUAUAUUUGUUCAAAGUUAAAUCUAUAAAAUGUAUAUACUUUAUUUUGUGAUUUCACUAUUUAUAAAUUUAGUUUGUAAGUGUUGCUCAUUUCUGGUCUGUGUGGGUGGUUUCAUCCUUCAGAGUAUCACCAUGUUAACUGGUCACUAGAAGUGCACUUCACCUGUAUUUUGUUACUGCGGCUGAGAUACUUUGUAGUGUAACAUUACUUGUAAGCAAGGUUAGUAUUUUAAUUGUACAGAUGAAUAAAAAAGUUACAUUAUUGUUUGCUCCUGACAGGCUGGUAGGCCUCUUAAAAGAAAGAUUGUUUUUCCUCAUGUAUUUCUCCCAUGCCAAACACAUAUCCCACUGCAUGGCUUGAGAUCUUUAAAGUAGGUGGUAGCUCGUAUAUUCAGUUAGGUUAAAAUAUCCAUGAUAACAGAUCUGAAAACACUUUUACUAUAACAUGAAACCAUGUUGUUUCUGUAUUCUUUCAACAUACAUUGCCAGGGCUCCCCCCCCCCCCCCCCCCCCGCCCAAAGAAUAUGCCUUAUAUGUAUGACUGAAUCUUUAGGAAAUGUAAGCUAUAAUCCUUUGGAUUUUUUCUUAAGAUCUGCACAAUAAAUGGAUAAGAUUUUUAGAAACUAGAUGGUCAUUUUCAUAUAUCCCCUAUGAGAGACUGUGUGAGAUGGUUACAUUGUAUAUUUAGCAAGAGUAGUUUAUGUUUCUGCAGGUCAAUGGCCUUUACUCCUCUACUUCAUGGUUUGGGAACCCAUGAGAGUACAUUGGCUUGAACAUUGCUGUGAACAUCCUGGCACUUUCCCGGGCAUAGUUGGGAGUUUAUUUUAGAUUAUGUGGUCAUUAGGGCUAAACUGAGUAUUUAACUAAACCUUUUCCAAGACACUAAAUGAAAAGUGGUUUUUCUGUUUCACAUUAAUAGCAAAGAUGCCCAUAUAACACUGAAGCUUCUUGGACAAAACCAAAAAGUCGGGGGUGGGGGGAACUAUUACAAAGCCAUAACAGUGAAAACAUGAAAGAAAGGGAAAUUGUUGAGUAGAACCUGAGGUGUGUAUGCAGAUACAUUCAGCUUAACAUGGGAAAUGGUCUGCUGCUGCUUUCUGUUCUGAGCAUGAUUGUUAAACUAAGUUUAAGAAAGAUGAAGCCUGUUGAUUAGAAUUGCACAAUUACAAGAUGACACAACCUGUCCAUGGUGCUGGAAUAUUCCCACAGCAGUGGGCUUACGUUGUUUUCAUAUUUUAAAACAAAAAUAUAUUGGUUCACAUGUAAGGUGAUUUAUGAUAAAUGUAUUAUAUCUAGUUAAAUUGAGCAUCAUCUUAAUUAGCCUGUAAAUAAAAAUAUCCUCUUCUACAUUAAAGUGGUAUUGAUCAGAUUUGAAGGAAAAUAAAUUUUUUUUCCUUUCAUUCACAUUAAAUAUUUUGGUUUAUUGUGGGUUCUAAGUAGCCUCCAUGACUUGUACCAACAUCUUAUGUAAUAUUCAAAGGUCGAAUCCAGAUUCUGGAGUAGAAUAUUAUGGGAUGGAUAGGAAUUAAUUGUUGAGUAUUAACUGUUUCAUCUGAAUUGGUUAAAGAUAUGGUAGUUCAAAGGAACUUCGGAGCAACUCUCGGCCAGUAGUCUAUUUGUUUUGUUUUCUUCUUUGUUUGGGAGUUUUUUUUGAGACAGAAUUUCUCUCUCAGUUCUGGAACUCACUUCAUAGGCCAGGCUAGCAUGAAUUCACAGCGGUAUGCCUGUCUCUGCCUUUGCUGGAAUUAAAAGUGUGCACUACAGUCUAUUUUAAACCAUUAGCAGAAAGCAGGAACCCUAGUCUCUUUGGCUUUGUUUUAUAUUACAUUCUUGAAAGUUAAUAUUACAUAACGAGGACAGUCUUGAUAAAAGUGUAAACCGAAUCCUAUUAGUAUUGGAAAGCAAAUUCUGCCAUGGCAACCUCUAAUUUAGAAUUUUCCAGAUGAUGUGUGAAAUAAUUUUUGGUAAACGUUUAUAAACUCCUCCCACCAUCAGUCACUGUGAUUUAGUCCUGACAUCUGUAUGUACUCUGGGGGGACUGAAGCCACCGACCGCUUCCUUAAGUUCUCUGAGGAAGAGUUUUUUCCCAGGAUGUUGUUUAGCCUGUGAGAUAAUAAAA